UUAGGGUUUGAAGCUGAAACCCUCCAGCCUCAGAGGUGUCCCUGUGCUGUCUUCUUCGAAGUUGCAUCAACUUCUGGUGGUACCAACUAUAGCCCGGGUUGCAGGAGACCUGCAGCUCUAACUGUAGUUGUCCCUCCUUACCUUGCUGUUGUAUCGAUGGGAACGUCGGCGUUGUGGUGACGCAGGGCUAGGGACAUAGGUGACAGAUGGACAUCUCCUCCACGCCACAGAGGGCUUGUUCUCAUCUGCACUGGUGUCCAACGUUGAGCAGAGCUGGGGUCAUGGCUGCAAAAAUGGGCUGGAUCCGAGCGUUUCCAUCCGGCGCGGGAGUUUGAAGGGAAAGGAGGAACCGAGCUGCCCGUCGCACCCCUCAGCCCCUGGCUAACGAGGCUGGUUUGCAACGAAGACCUCAGCUGGGAGAAGUUCCGUCCACCACGAGCAGCUGGAGAGCUUGGCUGCUGGGCUGGUGCUUCCCAUCACCUCCCAUCACAUCCCACCACCAAAGGAGCGUGAGCGCGGGGAGUUCCAUCCAUGGAGCAGUGGGAGGGCAAAGGCAGCGCCUCCGCUUUCCACGUCCCCGAGUGGAUGAUCCAGUUUGCUGACCAGAAGCAGGAGUUCAACAAGCGCCCCACGAAGAUCGGCCGCCGCUCGCUGUCCCGCUCCAUCUCGCAGUCCUCCACAGACAGCUACAGCUCAGCUGCCUCCUACACAGACAGCUCUGAUGAUGAGACCUCCCCCCGAGACAAGCAGCAGAAGAACUCCAAAGGCAGCAGUGAUUUCUGUGUCAAAAACAUCAAGCAGGCAGAAUUUGGGCGCCGAGAGAUCGAAAUUGCUGAACAAGAAAUGCCUGCCCUGAUGGCUUUGAGGAAGAGAGCUCAGGGAGAGAAGCCACUGGCCGGGGCCAAGAUCGUGGGCUGCACACACAUCACAGCACAGACAGCUGUGCUGAUGGAGACCCUGGGAGCUCUGGGUGCCCAGUGCCGAUGGGCUGCCUGCAACAUCUACUCUACCCUCAAUGAAGUGGCUGCUGCCCUCGCUGAGAGUGGGUUCCCUGUCUUUGCCUGGAAGGGAGAAUCUGAAGAUGACUUCUGGUGGUGCAUCGACCGCUGCGUCAACGUGGAAGGCUGGCAGCCCAACAUGAUCUUGGAUGAUGGAGGAGAUCUGACUCACUGGAUUUACAAGAAAUACCCCAACAUGUUCAAGAAGAUCAAGGGGAUCGUAGAAGAGAGUGUGACUGGUGUCCACAGGCUCUACCAGUUGUCCAAAGCAGGGAAGCUCUGUGUCCCAGCCAUGAAUGUCAACGACUCGGUCACCAAGCAGAAGUUUGACAACCUGUACUGCUGCAGAGAGUCCAUCCUGGAUGGGCUGAAGAGGACAACAGACAUGAUGUUUGGGGGGAAGCAGGUGGUGGUUUGUGGCUACGGGGAGGUUGGCAAGGGCUGCUGUGCUGCUCUGAAGGCCAUGGGCUCCAUCGUCUACGUGACAGAGAUCGACCCCAUCUGUGCCCUCCAGGCCUGCAUGGAUGGAUUCCGGCUGGUGAAGCUCAACGAAGUCAUCAGACAAGUUGACAUUGUCAUCACCUGCACAGGAAACAAGAAUGUGGUGACCCGGGAACAUCUGGACCGGAUGAAGAACAGCUGCAUUGUCUGCAACAUGGGACACUCCAACACUGAGAUCGACGUGGCCAGCCUGCGUACCCCUGAGCUGACCUGGGAGAGGGUGAGGUCCCAGGUGGACCAUGUCAUCUGGCCAGACGGGAAGAGGAUUGUCCUUCUGGCAGAGGGCCGCCUGCUGAACCUGAGCUGCUCCACUGUCCCCACCUUUGUCUUGUCCAUCACAGCCACCACGCAGGCUUUGGCUUUGAUAGAGCUGUACAACGCCCCCGAGGGCCGCUACAAGCAAGAUGUGUAUUUGCUGCCUAAGAAAAUGGAUGAGUACGUGGCCAGUCUCCACCUCCCCACCUUUGAUGCCCACCUGACAGAACUCACAGAUGAACAAGCAAAAUACCUGGGACUGAACAAGAAUGGACCUUUCAAACCAAACUACUACAGGUAUUAAGUUCCCGCUGCUGGAUCCCGGAGAAACGUGAGGAACAAGAACCCAAAAAUCCUUUCUCAACUACUGUACAGGAUGAAGCAGCAGAAGCUUCUUAAGUUAGAGCUGGGCUUGCUCACCUCGUAGACCGUGUGUUUAGGUUAUUUAUUUAUUAAAUUAGAACAAUGUUGAUGCGG